UCUCGAAACUGGAUUGCGGAUCUGAGCCCCAAGUUUCGGCUGUGGGAGUCCGGUGAUCGUUCUCACGAUGUGACCGCCUGAGGCGCUGGUCUACCGAACCCUAUUCCUCUCUCUCGCUGCCUUCUCCGACGAACCCUAACGCCUCCGUAUCUGGAUCAUAUUGAUGUGGAUUUAUCGGCUCUCGAAGAAACAUCGUUUUCAAUCUACCGUUUAUCAUAUUGUAAAAGGAGAUAUUGUGCCAAUCAUCAUGGGAAGCAAAAGCUGUAUACCACCUCCUCUGCAUCUGCAACGGCCUCUUAUUGGUCCUGGCUUGGUGCAACCAGAUCCAUUUGGUCCAGGCAUUCUCCUCCCGCCGGGUGUUUUUCCUUUCGAUAAGUUGCCACCUCCAGAAAUUAUGGCGCAGAAGCUUGCUGCACAACAUGUGGAAAUGCAAAGACUUGCAAUAGAGAACAAAAGGUGUGCAGCUACCCAUUAUUCUUUGAGGAAGGAAUUAUCUGCUGCCCAACAGGAGUUGCAGAGAUUGCAGACUGACAUGAGUGCCAUUAGAGCUGAUCAAGAGCAACAAUUAAGAAUGCUCUUGGAUAAUAUUUCAAAGAUGGACUCUGAGUUGAAAGCUUCUGAACCUGUUAAUGUAGAUAUGCAGCAGGCUCGUCCAGAAGCUCAGAGCUUGGUAGCAGCAAGACAGGAGCUAAUUUCCAGAGUACAACAGCUGACUGAGGAUUUGCAGAGGAGCCAUGGUAAUGUCCAGCAAAUCCCAUCGUUGAUGUUGGAACUUGCGGCCCUUAGACAAGAAUAUCAAGAUUUCAGGUCAUAAAUCUCUCUUCGGCUUUAUAUUCAAGCACACAACUUGUUCUCCUAAUGGUUUGACGUAAGGUCAAAUUGUUCAUUUAGUUUCGUAACAAUUUGACCUUACGAUCAAACCUAGAACAUGCAGAAAUUGGUUCACAUUAUUCUAUAAAAUUCUGUGAAUACUAAAUUGAAUGGUACCCUACCAAAGCGUGAAACAGAAGACUGUCACCAAGGUCUUGCUACUA